ACACAUUCCUGUAGUUUCCGUGCAACGCAGGUGCACUGUGUCAGUGUGUAAGAGCCAGGUCUCCUAGCGGUGUCUUCAAUUCCCUUCCUUUUACUGCCCACAGAAAGACAGUCCCCAGGCAGCUCCGUCGUUCUCACCAAGAUGAACCUGUACCGGAGCUUUGGAGCCCUCUCGGAUUCCUGGGAGCAGGAGUUUUCCUUUCCGGAUCGUAGAGAACAGGGAAGCCCUGAUUUCAGGAGGCGGGUGAUCCGAUUGAAAGGCACAGUCUCUGGCAGCAAGCCGGUGGGGAUCCUCAAAUCCGAGUCUGAAGAUUCGGGAAUGGAGCUGGCGAGCAGUGAUAAUUCCCCUUCCACACCUUUGGGGUCUGUGCACAGCUUGUCCAUGGGCAGCUCGGAGAGCUCCCUGGCUCCCAGCGUGUCUGACCUGAGACUGGGGACUGAGAGAGAGGAUUCUUCCCCUGCGCUGUCCCGGCGAUCCAACAGCGAGCUCCUGGAGACUGGGAAGACCCUGCCAAGGAGCUGGUCCACCAGCAGGAAGCUGGAGCAGUUGCUUCUCAGGACAGAGUCGAGGUGGGAAGCCUCUCCAGCACCCUCAUCAAGAGGGGCCUCUGAGCUGGAGGCAGAAGCCGUGGAUACAGACAGCAUUCAGACAGCUGCCUUCGACGAGCAGGAGAAAAGAGCGUCUAGAAGAUCAGGGAAGAGGCUCAUCCUAACGAGGUCCCAGAGCUGCGAGACUCUGGACGACAGCUUUGACGCGUGUUGGGGAGGAGGAGAUGUGGUGGAUGGAGCAAGGGGGGGCACGGUCCCACUUGGCUCCAGCCAGGGUUUGGGUUACCUGGAGCAGGUGUGCAGGAUGCUGGAGCAGGUAGCCCGGCUGCAAAAGACCAACCAGCUUCUCCAGAGACAGAAGGAGGCUGCUGAGCACCGGCUCCGGGGUAAAGCCACUGAUGAGGAGCUGUUUUAUGGGCACUGUUUGUGCGGGGCGGCCGAGGAGUUCCUGAAACCUGACUGGGAGGAGACCCGACAGAGUCACAUGGAUCUGGCCGGCCAAUGCCAGAAUCGUGACUCUUAUCUCCCCACCCACUACAGGAGGAGGUCACGCUCGGAUACACAGGCGUUUCUGAACUUCAAGUCCCUCGGGGAAUCUGAUUUACCUUCACCCCAUUUCAUCAGCACUGGAAACCUGCUGGAGACCUUACCGGAGACCCAAAGACCCCUCCCCCCGGUCAGGGCAGAGCGCUCACACUGGGGGAAGAUAAAGCACCUUGUAAAAUUUCUGCAAAUAAGACCAGAGAAAUCCGAGACCAGGGGCUCCUCCACGCACCUGCACAGUCAAGAAGCACGAAGUACAGAAGCCGCCAGUCCUAAGCAGAGGUUUGUCCCAUUGUUUAAGAAGAGGGGGAAGAACCAGAGUGUGUGUUAGCAGGAGGAUGCACCCGCCCUUCGAGACUCGGACUUUGCAGGCAGCCGUGCCCGUCCUGGCUUGUGUUGGAGAGGGAGCUUGCACUGUAAUGAGCAGCAGGAUUGGCGACUGGUUAGAGCUGGAAUCGCACGUGGCUUUGAGACAUCGUGCUGCGCAAAUGAAAUGACCCAAUUGAAACAGACCCAACAUCUCCUCUCUUUCAGAGAGAUAUUGAAGAUUUACUUUUUUUAUAUUUGCCAGUCAUGGAGGUAAUCUAGCCAGGUCUAAUGCAUUUUUUUUCAGUCCAUAGUGCACAAAGAACUUCUUGCAUCUCCUCUGAAGGACCUCAUCUCCUCCAUGUGUGGUUGAGGUGUCCCCUGAACUCGGCCCCUCCACGCACUGCAGUAUCUGUCUUGAACAGGCUCUCUGAGGGGUACUGACUGAGUUGGGGUUCUGGAUAACAAGCGCAGAAGCUAUUGUGUGUUUUUUUUGUUUUGUUUUCUUCUCCUAAGACUUGGAGUAUUCUGCGUAAUUUUCUGCCACCAACUCUACUUGAUUUUGAUGCCGUGAGAAAGCAUCCUGUAAGCCUGUGAAUAUAAAACAUAAUGAAGGAGUUCUGUGAAACAGUUCACUAUAAAAAGGGCUCUGAGGAAACUCUUUUUAUAUUGCAAGUGUCUUGCCUCAUACUGCAUCGGUUUUGUUCAGCAGCUUUUAAUUAAUUUUUUUUUAAAGAUCUUUAUUUAAUCAGCAUGACCUUAUGAAGAAAGGUCCUGCAUUGCUAUAAAUUUAUAAUGAAACGAACAGGUAAACUGAAAUACCUCAAUUAGCAAAGGGCUACAUGCAAACUCAUAAGAAAAUAUAUAUUUUAGUAUUCAGCAACAAAUAUAUCUGUUUAGCCCUGCUGAAUAUAUAGGCUGCUCCAUAGUCUAGAGAGACUAUACCUUUUUUUCAUGAAAACUGUUCUAGAUUGCAGCAAAAAAACAGCCAGUUAAAUAUUAUACUCCUGACUUUUGUGAAGAAAGCCCAAGGAGAACACGCGUUCUUCAUGUAUAUCCAUUAUAUACAGGAUACAGCUUGCUCACGAUGCUGCGCUCCAGGAGUCCACAAUCGCUAUUUAUUUCACCUCGUUGACUCUGCCCGAGAUGCUAAUGAAUUAUAUUUAUACACACUUUGUAUUGAAAUGUUUUACUGCAGCUUUGUAUAUCGUUUUAAGAUGUACAUGUAUUCUUCCUUAAGUAUCUGGCUGUUUUGUAAAGCCUAUCAUGUGAUGUCUUUAUGUAACGUAAUGUAUCCCUGCCCAUAUACUGUAAUGGGUGGAAGCCGCAUUGCAUGGCAAUAAAUAUCAAUUUUUGUUCUAAA